AUGCCCUCCUUCCUCGGUUUAAAGUGUCUGGGGAAACUGUGCAGCUCUGGGAAAAGCAGAGUGUCCUCUUCUGAGAGAGCCGGCAGCAUGGGCUCGUACAGGAGGAGGCUGGUUGUGCAGGACGUGAGCAUCGCCGGGACCCCCCCACCUGCUCACAGGCGGGCCACUAUCACCCACUUGUUGUAUCUGCACCCCGAGACCUACUGCAACCUGGAGCACUUGGUUAGCUGCCUGGAUCCUCCCGUGGCCCACCCUCAGGACCCUCACCACCCAUCGGAGAAGCCUGUUAUUCACUGCCAUAAAUGUGGGGAGCCAUGCAAGGGGGAAGUACUUCGGGUCCAGACCAAACAUUUCCACAUCAAAUGUUUCACCUGCAAAGUGUGCGGCUGUGACCUGGCACAAGGGGGCUUCUUCAUAAAGAACGGGGAGUACCUCUGCACCCUGGACUACCAGAGGAUGUAUGGGACACGCUGCCACGGCUGUGGGGAGUUUGUGGAAGGAGAGGUGGUCACUGCCCUGGGCAAGACCUAUCAUCCCAACUGCUUUGCCUGCACCAUCUGCAAACGUCCAUUUCCACCCGGAGACCGAGUCACGUUCAAUGGGAGAGACUGCCUUUGUCAACUGUGCGCACAGCCAAUGUCGUCCAGCCCUAAAGAAGCCUCCUGCUCCGGCAACUGUGCCGGCUGCGGGAGAGACAUCAAGAACGGGCAGGCGCUGCUGGCCCUGGACAAGCAGUGGCACCUGGGGUGCUUCAAGUGCAAGUCCUGCGGGAAAGUUCUCACCGGCGAGUACAUCAGCAAGGAUGGCGCUCCGUACUGUGAAAAGGACUACCAGGGGCUCUUCGGGGUGAAAUGCGAGGCCUGUCACCAGUUUAUCACAGGGAAAGUCCUGGAGGCAGGUGACAAACAUUACCACCCCAGCUGUGCACGAUGCAGCAGAUGCAACCAGAUGUUCACCGAAGGAGAGGAAAUGUAUCUUCAAGGUUCCACCGUUUGGCAUCCCGACUGUAAGCAAUCUACCAAGACUGAGGAAAAGCUGCGGCCUACCAGGACUUCCUCUGAAAGCAUUUAUUCUAGACCAAGCUCCAGUAUCCCUGGCUCCCCGGGUCAUACUAUCUAUGCAAAAGUGGACAAUGAAAUCCUGGAUUAUAAGGAUUUAGCGGCCAUCCCCAAGGUCAAGGCCAUUUAUGAUAUUGAACGUCCAGAUCUUAUUACAUAUGAGCCUUUCUACACUUCCGGCUAUGAUGACAAGCAGGAGAGGCAGAGCCUGGGAGAGUCUCCAAGGACUUUGUCUCCUACUCCUUCAGCAGAAGGCUACCAGGACUCGAGGGACCGGGUGAUGCACCGGUCCACCAGCCAGGGCUCCAUCAACUCCCCCGUCUACAGCCGCCACAGUUACACUCCAACCACAUCUCGCUCUCCCCAGCAUUUUCACAGACCUGGCAAUGAGCCGUCCAGCGGCCGGAACUCCCCUCUCCCUUACCGGCCAGACAGUCGUCCUCUCACUCCAACCUAUGCUCAGGCCCCUAAACAUUUCCAUGUUCCAGAUCAAGGGAUCAACAUUUACAGAAAACCACCCAUCUACAAACAGCAUGCUGCCUUAGCAGCCCAGAGCAAGUCUUCAGAAGAUAUCAUCAAGUUUUCCAAGUUCCCAGCAGCCCAGGCUCCAGACCCCAGCGAGAUACCAAAGAUUGAGACGGACCACUGGCCCGGUCCCCCCUCACUUGCCGCCAUAGGAGCCGACACGAGACGCAGAUCUGGCGGCAGAGAAGAUGACGAGGAGGAGCUGCUGAGGCGACGGCAGUUGCAGGAAGAACAGCUAAUGAAGCUCAACUCGGGCCUAGGGCAGUUGAUACUGAAAGAGGAAAUGGAAAAGGAGAGCCGGGAGAGGUCGUCCCUGACUACCAGUCGCUAUGAUUCUCCCCUCAAUUCAGCUUCACAUGUUCUAUCAUCUAAAACCUCAUCUCUCCCAGGCUAUGGAAAAAAUGGGCUUCACCGGCCUGUUUCCACAGACUUUGCUCAGUACAACAGCUAUGGGGACGUCAGUGGGGGAGUGCGAGACUACCAGACUCUCCCAGAUGGCCACAUGUCUGGGACGAGAAUGGAUCGAGGGGUGUCCAUGCCCAACAUGUUGGAACCAAAGAUCUUUCCAUAUGAAAUGCUGAUGGUGACCAACAGAGGGCGCAACAAAAUCCUAAGAGACGUGGACAGAACCAGGCUGGAGCGCCACUUAGCCCCAGAAGUAUUUCGGGAAAUCUUUGGAAUGUCUAUACAGGAAUUUGACAAGUUACCUCUUUGGAGACGCAACGACAUGAAGAAGAAAGCGAAACUCUUCUAAGCCCGUGCCCCCCGCCCCCAACCAUGUAGACAGCAGUUAAGAAAAGGACUGACAUGGCGGCAACACAUAGGAUGUUGUGUUAAGGCCCGAACGUGAUUGGAGAAUUCGCAAACUUUAGACAGAAUUCUGUCCCUCAGCAACAACAGAACAGGAAACCUGACUAAAACACCCAUGAGCCAAAUACUGGGCCAGCCACCGGCAACACUUGCCAAGAAGUAAUGGGGUCAGAAUUUCUGUGUUCCCCACACUCGACAGUAGUGUUCACAUGUGACCUUCCAACAUCACCUUAUGUACACAACAGGAGCUACUUCUUCCAUUUCCUUUAUAUGUUGUCUAACCAGAGUGCUGACUGUUUGGGUAAGAGCCAGCAAGUGCCCUUAGGAUGCCGCAUGGGGAAAAGCAGUCGUAAUCAUUCCGAAGCAGGAAUGUAUUGUGUAGCACUGUGGCUAAGGAGAAGAGCCUGAGGGAUGUACCCAUGUGGUCGCACCACUUUGCACACCCCUGUCCUCACUGGCCUCAUGAAGCCCAGCCUGGGCCCCAGUGGGAUGGAAAUCAGAGUCGGGGAGUUGGGCAGCUCUGAGUGAGUGGGCUGGAUAGCAGCCAAGGUCAUUUUUAAUAAGCUCCUUUUUCUCUACUUUUUGCUAGGACCUGGUUGGCAAAUUACUUAGCUAUUACUAAAAAAAAAUUUAAUAAAUAAGAGAAAGAGAGGGAAAAGGAAUGAUUAGCCCUUAGUCCUUUUCCUGCUUCAGAUUGUACACUUCCCUCUGCCUCCCCACCAAGGACAGGUGCUAUCGCAGGCCCCCACUGCAAAGAAAGGAAAGGGAGAGAUGAUCUCCAGUUGUGUGCUGUUGGAUGAUUUUUGACCCAGGGCCACAACACUCUUGGCAAAAAAAAAAAAAAAAAAAAAAAGGAAAAUCCCGUGUCCCGCCAAUGCAAGUUCUUCUACUUUACAUCCCCUGCUCCUCACCCCAGGGCCCCUGAAUCUAAUCAGGCCCACUUGGAUUUGGGAUUUUUUUGAGGUCUCUUCAGUAGUAGGCUAAGGAAAGGCACGCUUUGCUCUUGGAAAUCUCUACAACUCCAGGGUAUAUUGCCUCAGACUGAUUUCAUUUGACCUUUUCAGCUUUCCUUCUUGCCUAGCUCUGUUGACUUCACAGUGUGCGUGUUCGUGCGUGCGUGCUUGUGUGUGUGUGUGUGUGUGUGUGUGUGAUUGGACGCCCCAGUGUAGUCUGAGGCAUCUGCAUGUUAUUUUGCAUUUCGUCUCUGCUCAGGUGCUGAGUUUCCGAGGAACGUUUGCACACUUGCGUGUGACUCAGAGGUCAGCACUGAGGUCAGACCUCACCUGACAGGGCACCUGUGGAAGGGUGUCGGGGUCGGAAGCCAACAUCCCCCGCGAUUCAUAUAGCUCAGAUCUGCCGCACAGUGAGGACCCCAGACCUCAGAUCAGGCUGGACGUGGACCUCGGAGUGUCCCACCAGAGUCUGCAAAUUCAGCAACACCAGAUUCUAAGGGGAGCCUAGGGUUUCACCAAAACGUGCAUGUGAGACCGCAUCGUGAUUCCUGGACACCUCCAGCCGUGACUCAAACAAGUGGUGAGGCGGACAAGGGAGGGUAUCUCCCUCCAGCUCCACACGUGGGUGGUUUUCACAUUUGGUCUCGUGCUCUGGGGGCUCUGCCUAGGAAUUUAAAUUCUGUUUUAAAGCCAAAGGAGAAAUCGUUCGAAUUCUCUUCGUAUGCCACUACUUUUAAAAAGCUAAGAAAUUCUUCCUGUGGCCACUAAGUAUCCGAAUUAGUUAGAAGCCAAUCUCCACGGUAAAAAGCAAACAAAAAUAGUUUUGGAAACUGCUGCAGACCUGUAACGUGGCACCCGCUCCAUCACUUGGGUGCUGUGAGGGGAUCUGGGCUGGCUUUUCCCGUGUGCUAUUCCCGAAAGCUCUAGAGCCGCCUGUCCUCUGAGUGCUGCACACUGCAUGUUUGAGGCUUGUUUUCACAUAUACGAGCGUGCAUGUGUGCACGUGCCUGUGCACACGCGCGUGUGAGUGUGUGUGUGUGUGUGUCGGACCUACUAAAAUACUUUGCAAAUGAUUCUGAUGGAGCAGACCUGAGACAACCAGCUCCUCGUUGGGCUGAAGCCCCUAGUUUGUAGCUUGCAGUUCGGUGCCUUGAGUGGCCUCUGGCUUUCAUUCUAUAUUUCUGCUGCCCCGUCUUUGCCCUUCUCUCUGACAGCAGCAGCCUCAGUACAGUGCCUGCGAAUCCUAGUCCUGGCUUCGCACUGGCAAAGUGGUAGGAGUGGGGACCAUGGUGCCUUCCCAGUAAUCCACAAUGAGGAUGGCCAGAUGGGUCCCAGUGCUGGGCUGGUGGAGAGAAUUUUUCCAUUAACGGGGAUCCUAAAGGACCCUCAAUGUUGUCAUUGGUUAACGAGUUACGACCCGUGCUGCACAUGCAAGCAAAUGCCAGGGUGAGAAAAGUUGCAAUGAUAGUUAAAGAUCUGAACCCAAAACCUGCUCCCACCAAUGAAACUCUACUUAUCCUAUCUCUUUUGAAUUCCGUUCUGUACCCAGUGUGGGGGUAGGGGGCGGGAAGCUUCUUUCCAAGUAUAUUAGCUAAUUUAAACUAUAGUGUGCAGAACGCAUUACUGGAAAAUGUCCGUAGCCUCCUGUCUACAAAGGACGCAGUGCUACGCUCUGGGGAGGGGUUGUGGGAAACCAUAAUGUGGACUGGGUUCCCCAACUCCACUCUGAGCAGAAGGCUCCAGUGGAGGGAUGGGUCAUGAGGCAACCAGGUUCUCCUAACUGCCAAAUCUAAUAUCUGGGCUACAAGGGCCUCGCCAUUUUUUUUCUUUUAAACUGGGCUCAGCACGUUUGUCCUCAAAACGUCCAGGCCACUGUAUAGGAGAUCAGUGUUCUCUGCUUGAACCCCACUCUGCAUGGCACACAAAAAUUCUAGUUGUGAACGCAGCCCGAGGAACGGGCUUGUUCACUCGUUUACUCUAAGGGAGGACUUCAACACGUGGCAGGCUUUCCUGGUCCCUACCCCAAGGGCUAUAUUUUUGAGCGCUGGGCUCAUUUUUGAUUCUUUAAGCUCCCAGCGCCUGCACAAAGCAAAAGAGGCCUCUCACAGCCUGAAAGUCAGUGCUUUAAAGUCUCUUCCAGAAAAGCCAGGAUACCAUUUACUCUUCCCGUGUGGUUCAAGACGAGACCUAAAGAGAAUUUGGGAACUUGUAUAGCUAGCUAAGUGUCUGUAUUUUGGUUCAUGUUAGUAAUGAAAUGUUCUUAAUGGGACUUCUUCAGCAACUAAGGACAAACUGCCUGUUCGCUGAAACUUCCCACAGAAAAGCCAAGGGUUCGUGGGUCCUGCGGUGCACACUCCCUUUGCCACUCUCAUCCUCUCAGUCUGGUGAUGGCCGUCAACUCAACUUUGAGAGAAGUCUUGCUGGAAAUGUUUAUAAAACUUUCACUUAAUUUCUUUACACUUUAAAGCAAACACCUUUUUCUAAAGAAUUGCUUCUCAGAUGAUUAUAUAAAAUAUACAUGCUUUUGCAAGUUAAAAAAAUGGAAUUAACCACUUUUGACUAGGUAGGUCUUUCUAAAGAUUCUUUCAAAAAGCGUUAGCGUUCUGUGCGUUGAAGGGGCAGGCGAGCCCUCUCUUUGUCAGGAAAGAGUGGGGAAGGCAAUGAACUCCAUGAACUUCAUGUAAUCCCCCCGUCUGUGUCCUCCGAGACAAGCUGUUUUUACAAAUCACCUCUUCUGUAUGACUGGUCACUGUUUUAUCCACUCUUCCUAGGCCAGCCUUGACCUGACUCGAUCUUUAAAAUUAUUUUCUUUGGACAAACCAAGUGUUUGUGAGUAAACCCUACAACUCACUCAUUAGUACUCCCUUUUGAAGGAUGUUCUAUUCAGAAAAAGAGAUCAUUUCAGGUGUGAGAUUUGCUGUGACAUCACCUUAAAGUGAUAAUGUAAUUAAGGAAACUAGGCAACUAUGCUGUGAUGAAAGAAAGAGAAAUUUUUACUUUGGCUUAAAAAAAAAAAAUCACUCUUUCCAUUUGCUGCCCAGGAAGCCAUGAGGAGAUGGUGAUUGAUCUGCUUUGCAUAUGGAUUUUUGUGUUUUUAAGUGGGUGAGUUUCAUUUCUGGCAAAGUGGAAAGGGGGAGGCGGUCUGUUUCAGCUGAAAGAAAUUUCUAAGCAGUGUAUGUAAACACAGCAAAAUCAAACAAAUGCAAUGAUGGUCGGUGUAAUGGACUGGCAGUUGUUAUCAUGACAUAAAAUUCUUCCCCAAAGUGUCUUCUCUCAAGAAUGAAGAUCCCGCGAGUCACUUUUCGGACCUCAUUCACCAAAGGUAGCGGGAGGCACUACUAUAUCCACUGCCAUUCAGAAAGGUGGGGAGCCCCUUAAUGACUGUAUGUGCCUAUGUUUCCUUAUCCCGUGGAAGAGAAAACAAGUGUCCCCGAUAUGUUCCUUCUGGGUUCUGGGUACAGACCCGUCCAGUAAUAAAUGUGUGGUGUCUGUGAGUUGCCGACAAUCCUGCAUCCAGUUCUCUUGGAGUCCUUUCAUUUUAAGUUCAGUUGAAUGGAAUUUUCUUGCAAGCGUCAGAAGACGUCCAGUUCUUCCUUCCCUCCCCUUUCAGAAACAUGAAAGUGAGUAUUGGGAAGAACCGCUGUGUACAAGAUGUGUCGUGUCCCCGUGAAAGUGAGUGGGUGUCGGUCUGCGCCCGGCAGACCACAGACGUGUGCAGAGGCAGGGGCGGCCCCGCGGCCCCGCGUUGCUGUGCUUAACGGCCCCGACCUGCUUCGCGCUCCCGUUGCAAACAACACUGGCUCCCCGCCCUGCCCUCCGCGUCACUGCUGUACACUCACCACUCAGUGAAUAAAGUGUGUGCUUUAUUCUAUCCACA